UAUAAUAAUGCAUCUUUAUACUAGGUCAACGGAAAUCAAACACUUGGAGAAAAUAUUGCAGAUAAUGGUGGAAUCAGAGCAAGCUAUGAUGCAUUUAAGAAAGUUUCACAUAAGAGCGAAAAACUGCCGGGACUGACUGAUUACUCUGAUGACCAACUGUUCUUCAUUGGAUUUUCACAGCUUUGGUGUUCGUAUUCCACUUACCUCUCCUUCUUGAUUUCUGUGCUAACUGAUGAGCACUCUCCAGGACCGUUCAGGAUCAUUGGGACUCUGUCAAACAAUGAACUAUUCUCCGAGGCAUUCAAAUGUCCAAGUGGAUCUCCUAUGAAUCCUCCCAAGAAAUGUGUUCUCUGGUGAACUGCCAACCAACAUCAUAACAUUUGUAGUAUGCUAGUGAUGAUGAUGUUAUGACUGAGAAAAGUAUAAUGGUGUUUUUGUGCUAGUUGGGCGCACUAAAAA